GAUGGUUGGAACUCCUACAUGAUGUCCUGGGACUGGGAUGACUGACAACUACCAGCAUCUUCUUCAGAUCCACUAUUUCGGGAGAAUCCGAUGGAGACGGGUUUGCAGAAUGGAAAUGUGUCAGGAUCCAGGGACCAAGAUGAACUAAAACAGAGAACAAAGACCAUACAAGACUUUGUAAAUGAGUUUCCUAAAUGGGAACAUCGAAUGAACAGACAUAUACGUGAACUACAAGAGAUUGCAAAUGGUAUUGAUCGGUAUCAUAAAGGUGCAACAAUUGCGAAUGUUACCGGGUCAUCUGCGGGGGCUGUAGGUGGUGUCCUAACCCUGGCAGGAAUAAUCGCUGCUCCUUUCACAGCAGGCAUCUCCUUGGUCCUCACCGCUGUGGGAGCGAGUAUAGGUGGAGCUGGUGCUGCCACUAACUUGACAGCUGGCAUCACUGAAUAUGCUAAACGGUCGAUGAAACAAAAAAAAGUAGAUGAGAUCAUAAGACAAUAUAAAAGUGAUCAGAAGGAAAUGUCAGAACGCUUGACAGACAUCUGCAGUGAUCUCCAGUUCUUGAGUCAUUUCAUUGAGGAAGAAAUUACAGAAUGUGAUUAUAGUAAAGGCACAACGAGGGAUUUUCCAGCAAUCAGCAAAGCAAAGGAAGUCUCCAAUAAAUGCAGGGGAAAGCAUGUGACCACAGUCAAAGGCAGAUUGCAUUUACCAGGGGUGAGCAAGGCAAGGAAUGUUCUCAAUAAGUGCAAGAAAAAGUAUCUACUGGAAGUUAAAGCUGGAUUGCAAUCUGGUUCCAUCAGCAUGAAAACACUGAAUGUGACAACAUCACUAAUGGCCAAACAAGUAUUGAGCAAAACACCUGGCCUCAGAGAACUAGCUGAGAAACUGACAGCACUGAGUCACACUGCUCGAAAAACAAAGUACGCAAUGGAAACAGGAAACGUGAAACGUCUACUUUAUGGCACUCCCCUGGCUUUGUCCAAAACGACAAGAGCAGUUUCAGGAGUAGUGGGAGCACUCUUUAUAGCGUGGGAUAUCUACUCGAUUGCAAAGAACUCCAUUGAGCUCAGCAAGGGAAGUAAAUCUGAAGUAGCUAAAAAGAUACGAGCUGAAGCUCAGAAGAUGGAGGAUGCAUUAGAACUCUACGGGCACAUCUGUCAAUUUCUAAAGAAGUUCCUGAGAGAGACUGGGUCCAGGUAUUAGUAAAGUCCAGAGGGCUGAGUAGGAAAAGGAUGAAGAAGUGUCUCCUCUCUUCCACUCACGUGGCCAGGCUUCUUGUGGGAUCUCUUAUCCGGAGUAUCUUACCAAACCACUUCACCAUGUAAAGAACGGCAUGAUAGACAGAGGGCAGUGGUGGAAGGGUGUCAUUCUGGCUGGUGAUCUAUGACCAGGGGUGUUCCACAGGGAUCUCUGUUUGCAACAUAUAUCAAUGACUUGGACACAAAUAUUGACAGGUUGUUCAAUAAGUUUGCAGAUGACACACAAAUAGACAGAAGAAGAUCGUCAAAGGAUACUGUGGUAAACUAUGUGUGUACCUGUCUG